AUGCUUAGAAACAUGACUAACCCAUUACGUAACACUGCUACUGCACGGCUCUCGGCUCUUGCCAACCAACUGGUACCCACCUCUCAGCCAAUCGUGGCGUCAAACACUCUCUCAUAUCAGCCUGCUACCUUCCCUACUAACUCUUCCUUCUCACAUCCCCCCCAAAGAUACCAACAACACAAUCAACAACAACAUCCUUCAAGAUCUUACUCAACAAUGUCUCAAGCUAAUCAGGCCGCUCACCCUCUCACCAUGAUCCCUGGACCCAUCGAAUUCGACGAUGAGGUCCUGGCCGCCAUGAGCCACCCAGCUGUCCCCCACACUUCCCCUACCUUCAUUAAGAUCUUCCAGGAAUCCCUCCAGCUCCUCCGCAAGCUCUUCUUCUCUACCGACCCCAAUGCCCAGCCCUUCAUUCUUGCUGGCUCAGGAACAAUUGGCUGGGACGUUGUCGGCGCUAACCUCAUUGAGGCUGGUGACGCAGCUCUCGUCCUCAAUACUGGCUACUUCUCCGACUCGUUUGCCGACGCCCUCGAGGUCUACGGCGCUAAAGUCGACAACCUCAAGGGACCCCAGAUCGGCUCUAAACCCUCUCUCGAGCAAAUUGAGGCUGCCCUCAAGGCCAAGACAUACAAAAUUAUCACAAUCACCCACGUCGAUACCUCCACUGGUGUUCUCUCUGAUGUUGAGGCCAUCUCUAAGCUCGUCAAGUCCGUCUCUCCUCAAACUCUUGUCGUUGUUGACGGUGUCUGCUCCGUUGCCGUCGAACCCAUUAAGUUUGACGACUGGAAAGUCGAUUUUGUCCUCACUGGCUCCCAAAAAGGUCUCGCCACCCCCUCCGGUCUUUCUGUUCUCUUUGCCUCUGCUCAAGCCCUUGAUGUUGUCAAGAAUAGAAAGUCUCCCUCCGGCUCUUACUUUGCCUCUAUCCCUAGAUGGCUCCCCAUUAUGCAGGCCUAUGAGUCUGGAAAGGGCGCUUACUUUGCCACACCUGCUGUUCAAAACGUUUACGCUCUUCUCGCCUCUCUCAGACAGUUUGCCACCUCUUCCGAGCAACUCGAGGAGAGAUUUGCCAAACAUGCAGCAACUUCUGACUAUGUCAAGGACACUCUGGCAAAGGCUGGCCUUAAGACGGUCUCUGUUGACAGAGAAUCGUCUGCUCACGGUAUGACUGCUGUCUACCUCCCUGAGGGCAUCUCCAAUGCCGAUCUCCUCCCCCUUGUUCUUAAGAAGAAUGUCGCCCUUGCCGGUGGCAUCCACAAGGAAAUCGUUUCAAAGUACUUUAGAGUUGGCCACAUGGGUAUCUCCGCAACCACCCCAUCUCUUGGUCACAUUGACACUGCCCUCAAUGCCAUUCUCGAGGCUCUUAAGGAACUUGGCUACACCUACUAA